UUUAUAUAUUUUCGACUAAUGUUCAUGUCCAAGUUGAUUUCCAAUUCCUAAACCUUGAUGACGGCGUCGCGGCGUGGUUCCAUUGUUUGUCACCGAAUUUGAAUUUUUGCUGUCGGCAUUUGUAAUUUGGACAAUGGAUUCACAGAAGUUCUGCUUGAAGUGGGAUGGCUUCCAAGGCAGCGUCACCUCCGUGUUUGAUCACCUGAGGGCGGACUCGGAACUGGUGGAUGUCACGCUCUGCUGCGAGGGACAGCGGGUGCGAGCCCACAGGAUGAUGCUCUCGGCCUGCAGCCCUUACUUCAGGGAGCUGUUCAAGGAUCUGUCAUGCCAACAACUGGUCAUCUUUCUCAAAGACACCUCAGCUGCCGAUCUCACUGCAAUAGUGGAGUUUAUGUACAAGGGGAAGGUGAACGUGUCACAGAGCCAGCUGGCCAGCUUCAUCAAGACAGCAGAGAUGCUGCAGGUUCAGGGACUCAGCGGUGGUGAUGACAAGGACCCACCGCCAUCGCCUGCCCCUCCCCCACCCCCACCACCGGAACCAGCCCGCGCCUGGAGUCAGCAGCAACCCCAGAGCCCCGCCGCCCUUCGCCGUGCCACCGACACUGCAUCGCCGUCCGAGCCUCGUCUCAAACGGCGCCGAUCCGACCUGCCUCCGCCGCCGCCUAUUGAGAGGAAGCCGCCGACGCCCCAGCCGCAGCCGCAGCCGCCUCAGCCGGGCCCUGCGGCAGCGGUGGGGACUCCGGCGGGAGGUCAGGUUGGGGUACAGCCCCCGCCGGAGGAUGAGGCGGCUAGGGAUCAGCCGGCGGGCAUGUUUGAGGGCGCGGUCAAGGUGGAAAAGUUUGACGUCGAUCUCACGCUAGACGACGAUGAAGACACGACUGGAGCCGGUGACGAACUGGAGGCCGCACUCGGCAAUGUAGCUCAGUACGAAGGCUACGACCCGGGCUCCGAUCAGUCACUGAGUGCGGAUGGACACAUGUUCGGAGCUGGAGGCAGCGGCGAGGGCGCCAUGGGAGGAGCAGCCGGCGGACCGUACACCCCGGGCACCUCACAGCGCGCUGGAGAGGAUGGGUCACAAGGUUUUUCUCGUCAGUCGGUCUUCUGCUCCAUCUGUGGGGCGGGCUACUCCUCUCACGGCACACUCCAGAAACACAUGAAGAUGCACACCGGAGGCACCGUCUGUCCCGUGUGCAAACAAAUCUUCUCGAUGACAUCUGCGAGGAGGAGACAUAUGAAGAAGAUGCAUGACAUGGAUUCAGCGGCGAUUGAUGAGAGUUUGAAGGGAGUUCGACCGGUGUGGGGAGCGGAGAGUGAUAGUGGUGUGGGCGGUGGAGUGAUGUGAGGGGUUCACUGUACACUCGCUCUUGAAAGUAUCGAUACACACCGCGGCGGUGUCGUCAAUUCCGACCGUGGAGGGAGGUGUGCUAAGUUUGAGAGUCACCGAAUCAGUUGACCUGUGAGAUAGACAAGGACUUCGCCUGUCGGGGAGGAAGGAACAGGACCGAUAUGAGCCAAAUACCGGGGUUACAUGUCCAAGUAAAUGCGUAUCAGGAACGGGUUUUCUUAUUCACUCAUCAUUGUAGUCCGUUUGUAAUACAUGUUUUUCUGCUCAUGUAACCCCGGUCAUUGGCUAGCCAGUAGCCGGUGUUUAUUUCUUCGUGUUUGUCCAACAGAGACUAUACGAGGUGGCUAUGGAUUGUGUGGUGCUAACUGGAUACGGUGUUUUGCCAGGUUUGGUGUAUGAUUGGUACUGAUCUGAGGUGUUGAAGCUGGGCUGUAAUGGUACGAAGCGGUGUUGCUAUAAAUUGCACUGGUUUACCAUCUGCAUCAGGUUUAGGUAUUGAGUGCCUUGCAGGUAUUCCAGCUGAUACUGAUUUUCGGUGUGCAGACUGAGCUGUGUUCUCUGGUGAAGCGUGUCGAUUGGCUUGCAGUUAUGUGAGGCAAUAUAUUGUGGCUCACGAACUGAUUUGAAACUAAGUGAGGUAUCAUCGGUAACAAGUGUACCAGCCGGUUUGUAACUGUGAGUUGGGAUCGCUAUGAAGCAUAACAAGUGGUAUGUAGCAGGCUACUUGGUAGUACCGUUAUAAGGUGUACCAGGUCGUUUUCUGUGGUGUGGAGGAUUUGAGGUGACUGUGGGCGAUGUACCAACUGGCUUUGUGCCCUCAGGGACUGGACAAUCUCCGUGUCUUGUUUGUUUUAUCAUUUGUCUGAUGUAGUUCAACGAUGAAGCGUGUUUGCUGUUUUGUCGACGUGCUCAGCCGCCGAUUGACACGCUUCACUCGAGUAUGCGCGAGGUGACGAGCUCUAGUCUCAUGGCUCGGCUGCAUUCAAGCUGAGCACAUGCAUUUAUUAGUUGCAAUGCCACUGUUCCUGUGACUAUAUAUAGCUGUUUGAAAUACACGCUCGUUUUUCGUAGCGAGUCUUUUGGCCGUAGGGCGUUUGCUACGACGAGAAAGUCAUUGUGAUACACAACACAAAGUGUCAUGCUGUAUCGUGGGAAAAGCUUUGGCACUGACGUAGCAAUUUAAAUCACACCAGAUGCAUCGGGUUUCUCACAAUCUCUGUAAUGGUACACAGACAUCAAAGGAUCACACAGUGUUACAGCACACUUCUGACACAGGUGUGGCUAUCUAACUUGUGGCUUUUAUAUCACACUGACUGAUCCGUGUUUUAUCCAGUGUCCUCAUCUGAGCUGAUGUUAGUGGAGGUCUGCCUAUCUCUUACUGUUGGGGGUCGUUUCAAUUUACUAUUGUCACGUCCGUCGUUCCCAUUUAUCAUCGCUAGCUUCAUCUUUGACCACCAUUGUCGUCGUCGUAUCAUCA